AUGGCGCCGCCGCUGGAAAAAGAUUCUAAUGAGGGCCAAGCUGAGAAUGAUGCAUUUGUGAAAAAUGGUUGGGAUGGCUUUAACAAAAAGGACAGGCUUCGAGAUCAUGUAGGCACCCGACCAAAUAGCUUUCAUAACACAGCAGUUAAAAGGUGCAAUAAUUUGAUGAAGCCUGAUCGAUCCAUUGCUAAUGCUAUCAACAAGCAGAGAGAUGUCACUAAAGCAGAGUAUCUUGCUAGAUUGAAUACUUCUAUUGAUGCUGUGCGAUACUUGUUGCAUCAAGGUUUAGCUUUUCGUGGUCAUGAUGAGUCAGAGAAGUCCAAAAAUAAGGGAAAUUUCCGAGAAUUGGUACAGCUUUUGGCAAAGCAAAAUGAGAAAGCAAAAAAGAUGGCGGUGGUUUUGCGAUAUGUGGACAAGCUUGGGUUGAUAAAAGAGAGACUCAUUGGUGUUGUUCAUGUGAGUGAGACCUCAGCUUCAUGUCUUAAAUCUAAUAUUGAUAGUCUUUUUGCUAAGUAUGGAUUGAGCAUAACACAAGUUAGAGGCCAAGGUUAUGAUGGAGCAAGCAACAUGAGAGUAGCUAAAAAGAAUGAUGAUAUUAGUGAUUUCUUUGAUAUGGUGUCUCUAUUGAUUAAUGUUGCUGGAGCCUCUUGCAAAAGGAAGGAUAUGAUUAGAGAAAGUCAACAACAGAGACUUACAGAAUUUAAUGAUCGUUUUAAUGAGGUAAAUUCUGAAUUGCUUACUCAUGUUGCUGCUUUCAAUCCUAAGAAUUCUUUUGAUGCUUUCAAAUUUGAGAGUUUGAUGGAGUUGGCAAAGGCAUAUCCUAGUGAUUUUGAUUCAAAUGAGCUGGACGAUCUUAGUCUUGAGCUUCAUAUUUACAUUGAUAAUUGUUAG